AUGCCUCCCAAGUGUAUUCUCUCCGGGCAGCCAAUAAAACUGGCACUGCCCCUCUGCCUCUAUAGUGAUCGGCACUUCCCUCCCAAGUCUGCGAAACUCGACAUUUUUCCGAACACACCUUUUCUUCUCACUCUUCCGAAGGAGCUGACGCUAGCAAGUUUCUUCGACACGACUGUAUUGUACCAAGAUAUGUCCGCCAACAAAGCAUCCGGUUCAGUGGCGGGUGAAUUCUCUGGGCAAGAUCGAAUCGCAGAUACGCAGGCCAGCGGCUCUAAUGGGUCAUCUCCAUCAAAUGGCGAAGAACAAUCAACAGAGAACGAGACAUCCAGUGGUCCACCAGAAGACGCUUUAGUGAAUGCUCACGAUGUGCAUCUGGGCACCGACGACACCGCUGCACCAGUACGAAAAGACAUGAUCGAUAUUGACGCAGAAGAGCCAGAUUGUCUACACCUCAGGGUGGGCGAAGAGCUCGCAGGUGAUCCAAACAAUUAUGUCUUUGACACGUCUCCCUUGAAGAAGCGUCGAAAGAAUGCGCGUACGAGGCUGCUGCAACAUGCUUCUUACUCAGCUCUGGUCGAGGAUCGAAUCGUUCGACUGGAGGAAGUCGUGAACACUAUACGAACAGCCAUGCCCGAUGGCAAAGCCUGGGAAUCUGACCAGGAUUCGGACAACGAAUCAGAGUCGCCGGACACUCCACCCGAGACUGCCUUGGAACACGACGUAGCUCUGAAGGCAAAGUCUGUUAGAAUGACCUGGGCAGAGUUUACUUAUACUGAUUGUCCUGACGAGAAGAAGGACCACGGUAUCGAGCUCUGUGUCGAACGACCUGCUCGGUAUCAGGAGGAGUUGGUCGCCGGUCUGGCAAUGCGGCGACGUCGUCAGAAGUCCCGGUCUGCAGAGGGUCAGUCGUCAAACCGAGUCGAAAGAAUUAGAUUUGAGUCCAAACUACUUUGUAAAGAACUGGAAGAUAUGAUGGGAGAGGACGUAGCGCCUCCUUGGGAUCGCAUGAUCUUGCGGCCUUUCAACCCGUUGUUCUACUACCAUGACGACCUUAUACAGAGGUGCGUCGAGCUCGAGAAGGAGCUUUGUGGAGUGAACCUGGGGUUGGAUGCUCAGCAAGGUUCUGACACUGCACUAAAGCAGUCUCCAAACAACGAGACAGUACCUCAAGAACCGAGACAGCAACUCCCCUGCGACGAAAAGGCUGCAUCCGCAGAAUCUGGGACACGGAGAGAGGUCGAAGACGCUCAAGCAACAGCCACCACAUCUGUAUAUGAGUAUCCUGCUGACAAUGCACUCUCUUCUGAGACCACUGAGAGCCACAGAGACGCUAUAGAGGACGAUUGUCUUGGCAUGCUGGAGGAAGACGCCGCUCCGCAACCCCAAAGGGCAGUUCCGAGUGCUUCUCGCAGUGCAAGCGCCGAACGCAAUGGGAACGAGCAGAAGUACCGACUACAAUCCUUGCAGGCGUUGCUCUCCAUGAUGAGGGAAGAUCUGAGACCAGAGUUUGGGCUCCACGCCAAAUGCAGGACCUUCGAGAUCAAGUCGAUCAAAUUCGAGGAUUUGUGGCAUUUGUACGCGCCAGGGGACAUCAUAUACUCAGCCAAGCAGGUCCAAGCUUUCCAAGUACUGCGCGUUCAGAAUGGGCGUGAGAUUCUGACUGGGCUGCCAGAGAGAGCACGAUUCAAUGACGUGGUCGUUGCUGACCCAUUCGCAGCAUUGGACAGGAGACGCGCAAACCCGUUCAGCAUUGACUAUUUUGCUAUCGAUUUCGAUGGCGUGAGAUUCGAUGCACGGUUAGGCCAUCUAGACAUCGAGCCCUACGAGGGAGAGAAACGCGUCACUGAAUUGGAGCUGUACCCAAUAAGUUACGGCGCAAGCGAACAACAUAACAUGACCACCAGCCACAACUUGGCCGCGAGCACCCUCAACGGAGAGUUAUCGCUUCGAGAGGCUCUGGUUGAGCGAGGCCGCAAAUUCAAAGAGUAUACCAGUGCUUCCCAUGUCGAUCAUUGCGAAUAUCGUGGCAUGACAAUCGACCAAGACCCGGAAACGGUCGAUAGUCACGUCAUGGUAGACACAAGCUACUACUAUGAACUGCGUCCGAGUCAAAAGCCAGUGCUAGGAUUCAACGAUCUCAUAUCUGGAGACACUCGAGAAUUCGUGGGAGAGGGCCUUGCAUGGCUGCGGGAUGGCGGUCGGUCUGGCGACGGCUUCAAUGACGAGCAUCUUCUAUUGCUCCCUGGAGGUCUCUGGGGCUUUGUGUUGUACAGUCGUGUUUGGCACUUCCUAGAUGUGAACAAUAUUCACAGAGUCACCAAAUCGACGGAGUCCUUCAAUCAGCUACAGAUCGAUCCGCUCUAUCGACGCCUCGUCGAAAGCCAGGUCACAAUGCAUUCCAAGGGCACCAAGCCAGUUUCCGGCAUGCGGCAGCCAGAAAGUGAACAUCGAGAAGACCUGGUACGCGGGAAAGGCAAGGGCCUCAUAAUCCUCCUCCAUGGAGCCCCGGGAGUGGGCAAAACUAGCACCGCCGAAUGUGUUGCCGAGUAUACUGGUCGACCCUUGUUAUCCAUCACUUGCGGAGACAUUGGAGACAGCGCAGUCGACGUAUCUCUGAAUCUUCAGUACUACCUCAAUCUGGCACACCAAUGGGGCUGCGUCAUGCUACUAGACGAGGCCGACGUGUUCCUCUCUGCUCGAGACAGACGCGACAUGAAGAGAAACGCUAUCGUCUCGGUGUUUCUGCGAAUCCUAGAAUACUAUUCCGGCAUCCUCUUCCUGACCACCAACAAAGUCGGCACUGUGGACGAGGCUUUCAAGUCUCGCAUACAUCUAUCCCUGCACUACCCACCCCUCAGCAAGGCCCAGACCAGGGAAAUCUGGAGGAUCAACCUCAACCGUGUUCGUAAUAACAAACCACACGUCCGAUUCGAGGAAAACGAUAUCCUUGAAUGGGCUGCUGACCAGUGGCGUGAGACGGAAAGGAAAGGCGUGGUGCCAUGGAACGGCCGCCAAAUCCGCAACGCAUGCCAGACGAUAGCUGCGCUCGACGAGUUCGACAGUGAUGGUCAGAUCAAACAGGGACAUCUCGAUUCUGUAGAGAGGGCAAGCAACCAGUUUGAUCGGUAUCUUCGGGAGCUCCAUGGCUCUGAUGACUCUGGCCGAGCCAAGAGGAACAAGGACAGAGCCGACGACUACGAUGCCACGCGGUAUGAGGAGCAAAGGCACGAUGAUCGUGACCGAUAUUUCGAUCACGACCGGAGUUACGAUGUCCUCUCGCCAACGAAUCUCCGACCAAGAGCUGGCAGGUACCCAUCACCGCCACGACGACGGGUCGAUCAUUCCUCUCCAUCACGCUAUGAACGGGCCGGAGGGACGACUCAUCGCAAAGAUCCACGUGAUCGUGGGCCGCCAGCUGUGGUGAAUGACUACUACAACGAGCCGCGGAGGGACUAUGAGCGGAGUCGUGAAAGAGAGGCAAUGCCGCCUCCACCCCGACCGGAUGUUCCUCGUGGAGAACGCGAUGCCACGACUGGGGCAUCUGACGAGCGCCGCGCAGCUCGACCAGACUCCAGAUCGCGACCGGCGGCGCGAGACGAUGUGUAUGAUCGGCGGAGGUGA